GAGAGAAAAUUGAAACGCUGUGAAGGUGGGAAGUGAAAUAGCUAACAGGUUUCACUUAACAGUAGACACUACGUUUUACCUUCUCUGUUUCAAACUCCAGUGAAAGAGUAAUAACUAAAACAGUGCUCGUAAAUUUCGAACUGCUUUACUCGGGUUCUUUUCCCUUUACGCACUUCCAAAUAUUUUGACGUAGUAGUGUCGCAGCUCCCACGCGUGACUGCUUCGCCAAGCUACCUUUUCGUUGCCAAUCAAGAGAGCUUUUCUCUCUUGAUCUGUCUGUUUAGUAGCCGGAUAUGUUUACUCAACUUCUCCAACUGACGGGCCUUGCACAGAAGUGGCCCACAUUUACGCGCGAAGAAGUUUCCAAGCAUAACACGACUGAUUCGCUCUGGGUUGUAAUCGAUAAUUCUGUCUUCGACAUCACCCCCAUUCUCGGUCAGCAUCCUGGCGGGAAAUGUGCACUGCUUAAGCGAGGUGGCGGUGUGAAAGACUGUGCCGAAGAUAUGAUGUUCCACAGCCGCGCAGCCCGCCAAGAUGCCAAGAAGUACAAAAUCGGAGAGCUGUCACCGUACGACGCGCCAGUCUCUUCGCCUCUUUCACCUGCGUCCCCUUUUCCUUCCAAGCGGUUCGCGUCUUCCGUGCCAUCCAUCUCGAAAGUUGUGAUAACGAGUGAUACUGAAGACAUGCAAGAGGACGGCACCGGAUCUGCGCACUGGGACUCUGCUGUCAAGGAUCACCCACUGUCAUCCAGUGAUAGUGACAUUCAUUUCGUUAGCGAAGAUAGCAUACUCCGCGCGGAUUUGGUGAAAUAG